AUGAAGUUCUCAUCCACACUCGCGGCCCUCGCAUUUGCCGCUACCAUCACCGCUGCCCCCAGCAAGACAGACACUGAAAAGCCCAACCGAGUAGCUGUCGCCCCACGCCAGGCCACCAGCACCGCUGGUUCGCUUUGCAACCCCGGCUCCUACCAGUGCCAAAACAGAAACAGCGACAUCUACGUCUGCAACGGUAGCCGUACCUGGCAACUUAGUGCUCGAUGCAAUGCGGGCAGGUGUGUGCAGUCCAACGGAGGUGCCUACUGCACUUGA